AUGAGCAAUCCACCGGGGAACGUCAGAAUCGGAAUCAUUAAUCGUGGAAACAGGCGGCAGAGGGCAGAAAUCAUCGAUCGAGAAUUGAUGUUCGUCUACGGUUUCACCACCGCUAGACACACAGAGGACGCCGCGACGUUGACAGGCAUUGCAUGCGGACUUUCCGAGCAUGGCAUGCACUACAUGCCCUGGAUUUUCGAGACGGGGGCGAUUCUCUCUGCGGAUGGUAAGUCCGGAUAUGGCGUCGCAACAGAUCACUGA